AUGGUGUAUGGUGCCGAAACAUGGAACAUAAAGACAACUGAAGAGGGAAUUUUGAGAAGAACAGAAAGAGCAAUGAUAAUAAAAAUGUGUGGUGUUAAGCUGGCAGAAAGAAGGAACACAAAGGAGCUUAUGGAACGUCUAGGUCUAAGUGAAACAAUUGAAGAGGUUGUUAUGAGGAGUUGCUUGAGAUGGAUGGGUCAUGUACUAAGAAAAGACGAAGGUGAUCCAGUAAAGAGAGCCUGGCAUCUAGAAAUUAAAGGUAGAAGAGUAAGGGGGCGGCCAAAGGUGACGUGGAAAGAUAUGGUGAAGAAAGAAAGUGCAAAAAUUGGUUUGGAGGAGUGA